CCGGACACACCGCAUUCAUUCCAUCGACAUCGGUCCGGCCGCACGUGCACUCGCAUACACAGACACACCCACAAGAGACAGACGCGUCAGACAAUUGCAGCCAGCCGCCACUAAGGCAUCCAGUCAGCUGAUCCAGUCGGUCAGUCACUCUCCCUAUAGCAAGGUAUCAAAACCCACCCACCCAGCCCAGUCAGUCAGUCAGUCAGUCGAGCGAACGACAGAAAAAGAUAGACGCGACACCACAGGACACACUCAUGCAGCUAGGUAGGUAUGUGUCUGUCUGUCGCUCCCCGCUCAGUUGAUUGAUUGAUUCCCUUUGGCCGCACGCCUGACUAUCUGUCCGUCCUACCUCAGCAUGCAGCAGACACUCUAUCCACUUGUCUGUCUGUCUGUCUGUCGUGUGUGUCAUUCUUCCUCAUCUUCUUCCUCCAUCUGCUGCUGCUGGUGCAUGAGCCUGCGUCUCUUGGCCUGGCGCAUCCACCGCCCCAUGCGCACCAGCUUGCGGUACUUUGGGGAACACCCACGCAUCUCCUCGCGAUGCAACUCGUUCAGCUGUAGAAACACACAUACACAGACAGACAGAGAGAGGUCAGUGCAUUGGGUCUUGUGCGGUGCGCUGUCUUGUGUGUGUGGUUACGAUGGUCCGCAGCAACUGAGCCUUGUCGACACCCAUAUCCUCAUUCUCAUCCUCCCCCUCCCCCUCUCCACCCUCCUCGCCCUCCUGCCCUUCGUCGUCAUCCUCAUCCUCAUCUUCGUCUUCAUCCUCAUGGCGGCCCGUCUUGACCUCGCCCAGCAUUUCCACCUCAGGAGCGACGGGCGCCGGCUCAUAUAAGUCGCGCUUGCGCUUGUUGAUGUUGCUGGCGGUGGCGCGGGCCUGCUUCUCGGAUGUGGAUGGCUUGCUGUCGUCCUUGAGGUGCUUGUCGGACAGGUCGUCUCUGCUCGUCCAGAUAUGGAAUACACAUGAUGUGUUGUUUGUUGGUUUGUAUGGGUGGGUGAGCGUGUGGGGGAUGGGCUGCUUACUCGUCCGAUUCCUCUUCCUCCUCGCCCCCUUCUUCCUCCUCUUCAUCAUCGUUGCUGUCACUGCACACACACACAUACACACACACACACAGUGGCAUGGAUUAGUGAAUGAAUCGAUAUGCUCCACAUCUCCUCUGUGUGACUCACUGACCUCUCGUCCUCAUUGAUGUCGAAGUCCGCCAACUCCGCUGCCACCCCCAGGUCCGGCUCCUCCUCCCCCUCCUCCUCCCUUCCCUCCCCUUCAUCGUCUAGCUCCUCUACCUCCACACCCCCGCGACCCUUGCCGGCCCUCACACCUUUGCGGCCGCCGGUGGGGCCCUCAUCCACAUCGGGCGCCGGCUUGAUGCUGCACACACACACACACACACAGACACAGAAAGAAAGAGAGAAUAAGCAGAAAGGUGUGUGCGUUCAUUCUGAAUCUGUGCGUGUAGUGGCUGACGUACGUGGUUGUGACGAUGUUGACAAUGGUGCCGUCGGGCAGUUUGCGGACCUCACGCGCGACGGUGUACUCGUGGCCCUGGGCCGUCUGAUACUCCGACUCGUCCUUGAACUCUACACACACACACACACACACACACAGGUACACAGACAGGCGCUCUCUCUCUCUCCCGUGUGAAUGAGUGUCGUGUGUACCUUCGCUGUCGAUGAUGUCCUGUAUGUGUAGGUCGUUGAGCGGGCCGCGUAUCACCAUGUCCGCCUCGUCCUCGUCAUCGGCGCCACUGUCGUCAUCCUCAUCCAUGUCGCCAUACAUAUCCCUGCACACACACGCAGCACACACAUGUCGAUCGAUGCACGUCGUGACUGACACAUGUGCCACGCGCGUGUGCAUGUCAGGUGCCUGAGUGUUUCAUCUUCGUCUUCGAUGGCAUCGUCGUCGAACAGCCCCAUCGGGUCGUCAUCGGGGUCCUCUUCCUCCUCCUUGUCGUCAUCGUCGUCGUCGAACACCAACCUACUGCAGACAUCCACACCACACAGAGAGGCUCAUGGACCGGUGCAUGCGCCAUCCUCCAGAGUGUCCCUGCCUCUGUCUGUCUGUCUGUCUGUCUGUCUGGGAUUGCGUACGGACCGCCCUCUGAAGGUCAUGGUGCCACCGUGGUCGUACGCCGCCAGCGCAUCGUCGUCGUCCUCAUCAGCAUCUGCAGUCAGUUGAUGCAGUGCAGCACACACACAUUGCCAGCAUGUAUAUGAGCGAGCGAUCGGUCCACGAACAAGUGCAUUCCCGCUGACCGUCGUGCUCUUCGUCCUCGUCCUCGUCUUCAUCAUCGUCGUCACUGUCGUGCAUCAUGGCCUUGUGGGACCACUGUGUGGUACGGACACACACACACACACACACAAUUCCCAUCCAUCCAUCCACUCCAGAUGUGUCUUCCUUCCCGUAGUUACGUGGAAGAUGUCGUCAUCGUGGUCGAAGUCCUCGUCGUCCAUGCCGUCGCGGCCACGCUCCUCACGAACUAUCUCUGAUGGACGGACCAGGCAUUCGAUGAGCCAUUAAAUGCAAUGCAUUCUCUCUGUGUGUGGGUAUGGUAAGACGACCUUCGAUUUCGUCCUCUUCGUUGCCCUCACCCUGGCCCUCGGGCGCAGCAGUGCCGCCAACUGACAACACAGACAGAGAAUUGGGGCAUGAGAUGGCAGGUGUGUGUGUGUGUGUGUGUGCGUGGCCUGGUCCUGUGCACCCUUCUCCUUGGUCUCUUCCUCCUCGUCGGGAUGCUGCUCGUCGUCGCCUUCACCGGCACCCCCAUAUUCCUCGCCCAACGCAUCCCUGACAGACCGCAGACACAGUGGAUGGUGGCACUGUAGGUCUGUGUGCGUUGCAUCAUGCUGCCUGUGUGGGAGAGAGGUGGGUGUGUGUCGUUACUUGAGUUCCUCUGUGUUGUCCUCCUCUGCCUCCUCGUCGACAAACGCCGCCGCUAAGUAGGGAAGGGACACAUCACAUCACACGAACCAAACAGACAUAUCCAUGGAGGGUGCGGUCUUCUGUCUGGCUGUCUGGCUGCCUGGCUGCCUGGCUGUCUGUCUGUCUGUCUGUCUGUCUGUGAGCCUCUGACCUGCCCGGCGCGCCUUCUUGAGCCGAUGCCGCUUCUCCUUGCGCUUCUCCUUGCGCCCGGCACGGAGGACCACUAACUCGUAGUCCUCACCCUCGUCAGCCUCACCAUCACCCUCUUGCUGCUGCUCUGCUGUGUUGUCAUGCUCCUCCUCAUGGUCUUUCUCUGAUACUUCGUAGUCGUCGUCAUCGUCAUCGUCCAGCACCCUCUGUCAGUCAUGAAACGGAUGGGCACCACAGCACAACACAGCAGAGCAACAAGUGUAUGGGUGUGGGUGUGGGCUGCGGAUGGCCCGCUGACUCACCCGUUUGUUGUGUUUCUUGCCGAUGACGUCCUCCUCGCUCUCCACCGACGCACCGUCAGACUGCCCACCGAACUGCAGAUGAAUGGACGUCACACACAUGCACCCACAGCACACACAGACAUUCGUCCUCUCAUGUGACUCGUGUGAGUGUGGGCGGUCGCUCACCGGUUUGUCGGCGGUGCGCGUAUCUUGGUGGUAUUUGUCGCGCAUCGCGUUGGCCAUGAGGGUAUCCAGGUGUGUGCCGUUGAGGGGGGGGGGUGGGGGAGGCGCCGCGUCCUCAUGCUCAUCUUCCACCUGCAACUCGUCCUCUUCCCUGCCGCAGACAGACAGACAGACAGACAGCAUCCACACGUGGGCAUCUUCUGCUUCUGCAGCUUGUGUGGAUCGGGUGAGCUCACUCACCUGUUGUGGUCGUGGCCCGCCACGCUGUCGUAUAUCUCCCGAGCGUUCACCCCCAACAUGAGCACAUCCAGGUCGCCACCCUCACGCUUCUCCACCUGCCAUAACAUCACAGACAGACAGACAGACAGUCAGAAAGUCAGACUCAUGCAUCUAUGUGUGUGUGGAUCCAUCCAUGUAAGUGCGUGUGGGUACCUCUUCUUUGAGCCCUCCCCACUCGCCUUCGUCGUAGGCGUACCGUCUGUUGGGGCUGGAGAGGAUGCUGUACGCCCGGGCCAGGGCGCUGAACUCGCCCUCGUCGCCCGCCGAGCCAUCGGGGUGGCACCUACACAACCCAUCCAACCAACCAGACCCACAGAGAUCACAAAUGCGUGUGUGGAGGGGCUCGGACAGACACACACACGCCUCACACACCCGCAUGCAUCUGUGCCCCUGGCUGAGUGUUCCGGGCCCUCACUUGGUGGCUCGCUCCUUGUAGGCCUCCAGUAUCUCCUCGGUCGAUGACCACCUGUCAAUGCCCAGUGCGGUGUACAAGCAAAAGCGCUCGUGGUCAUCCAUCUUCUCAGUUGAGC